CAAAAGGUCACAAAGAGUUGGACACAACUGAGAACAAUUGACUGAGCUUAACUUCCAUAAAGCUCCCGUUGCCAGAGCCAAGACCACAGAGUAGUCAUUCUGCCAAUCCUUCCCCGCCCCCCCCCUUCCCUCACCAAGAGCUUUUUUCACUCCAAGAAAACCUACAGAUAGAAUGUCUUUUUAGGUCUUCAAAAUUAGCAGCCAUUAGUAAUACCUGAAUUAAAUGAAAUGGUGUCACAUUUGAAUUUUUUUAUAUCCUGGUUUAAAUUCCUUCUUGCUUCUUUCAAAUUGCUUAGCAAAGACCAGCCAUUAGUAAUUAGCUUAUGUUUAUGCGUGUCACUUUUAUAGGGAGUUACACUAGUAGAAAAGGCAAAGUGUAUGUGAGCUGCACUCUGACUCACAGGGCUUCUUCUUGGGACACCCAGCUGGCUGGCUGGAAGCACCACCUCCAUUGUGGGCAGUGCCCAGAGUGGCGGAUGAGGGCAUAAAGGGCCUCAGAAGAGCUGACCCAGGUCCCCAAACACAUAAAGUGACAUCAGGAGCCACACCCUCCUCUGGGAUGGCCAUAUUGCUGACAUGUCUCCUAAGAUGACUGCAUGCCCAGCUGGCAAGGCACUUUGAAGAUGAAACAUGCUGAGUCCCUUACAGCCCAGGAACUGGCAUCCUUUACACAGAAGAGGGUGCGGGCCACUAUUAAAGCACAUUCUAGAGAGGCGUUGAACUCAGCUAGCCACACAAGCCCAUAAAGUGCAAAUUGCCACAACGGCAUCUGCAUAGCCAAGCCCCUUCCGACCUGAGCAUAAAUAGGACCCCGGCUCUUUGAGGAGGACAUUGGAGUUUCCACAAGACUCCAGCUCACCUCUCCUGUACUCUGCAACCUACACCUCCAGAAGGAUCAUGACCUGCGGAUCAGGAUUCCGUGGCCGCGCCUUCAGCUGCGUCUCCGCCUGCGGACCUCGGCCCGGCCGCUGCUGCAUCACGGCCGCCCCCUACCGCGGCAUCUCUUGCUACCGCGGCCUCACCGGGGGCUUCGGCAGCCGCAGCGUCUGUGGGGGCUUCCGUACUGGCUCCUUUGGCCGCAGCUUCGGGUACCGCUCCGGCGGCGUGGGCGGCCUCAGCCCUCCCUGCAUCACCACCGUGUCCGUCAAUGAGAGCCUCCUCACGCCCCUCAACCUGGAGAUCGACCCUAAUGCGCAGUGCGUGAAGCAAGAGGAGAAGGAGCAGAUCAAGUGUCUCAACAACAGAUUCGCUGCCUUCAUUGACAAGGUGCGCUUCCUGGAGCAGCAGAACAAGCUGCUGGAGACCAAGCUGCAGUUCUACCAGAACCGCCAGUGCUGUGAGAGCAACCUCGAGCCCCUGUUCAAUGGCUACAUCGAGACGCUGAGGCGGGAGGCCGAGUGCGCAGAGGCCGACAGCGGGAGGCUGUCGUCGGAGCUCAACAGCCUGCAGGAGGUGCUGGAGGGCUACAAGAAGAGGUAUGAGGAGGAAGUUGCUCUAAGAGCAACAGCCGAGAAUGAGUUUGUGGCUCUGAAGAAGGAUGUGGACUGUGCCUACCUCCGCAAAUCAGACCUUGAGGCCAAUGUGGAGGCCCUGAUUCAGGAGACUGACUUCCUUCGGCGACUAUAUGAGGAGGAGAUCCGAGUUCUCCAAGCCCACAUCUCAGACACCUCGGUCAUCGUCAAGAUGGACAACAGCCGGGACCUGAACAUGGACAACAUUGUGGCUGAGAUCAAGGCUCAGUAUGAUGACAUUGCCAGCCGCAGCCGGGCCGAGGCUGAGAGCUGGUACCGCAGCAAGUGUGAGGAGAUCAAGGCCACAGUGAUCCGGCAUGGGGAGACCCUGCGUCGCACCAAGGAGGAGAUCAAUGAGCUGAACCGCGUGAUCCAGAGGCUGACGGCUGAGGUUGAGAAUGCCAAGUGCCAGAACUCCAAGCUGGAGGCUGCAGUGACCCAGGCAGAACAGCAGGGCGAGGCAGCCCUCACUGAUGCCAAGUGCAAGCUGGCCGGGCUGGAGGAGGCCCUGCAGAAGGCCAAGCAGGACAUGGCCUGCCUGCUCAAGGAGUACCAGGAGGUGAUGAACUCCAAGCUGGGCCUGGACAUUGAGAUCGCCACCUACAGGCGCCUGCUGGAGGGCGAGGAGCAGAGACUGUGUGAAGGCGUUGGGUCCGUGAAUGUCUGUGUCAGCAGCUCCCGCGGCGGGGUCGUCUGCGGGGACCUCUGCGUGUCGGGCUCCCGGCCGGUGACCGGCAGCGUCUGCAGCGCCCCCUGCAGCGGGAACCUGGCGGUGAGCACCGGCCUGUGCGCGCCCUGCGGCCCCUGCAAUUCCAUCACGUCUUGCGGCCUGGGCGCGGGCGGCGUGGGCUCCUGUGGCAUCAGCUCCUGCGGCGUGGGUUCCUGCGGCAGCGUCUGUCGCAAAUGUUAGGCCUCCCAUCUCAGGCCCCGCCCGGGCAUCUCUCCCGCGCCGCCCGGCAGGGCCCGCCCUGCAUGGCCCCGCCCCCUCCCCGCCCACCCCAGCUCUGGGUGGAGCAAGCCCUAGGCUACCUCUCUCGUACUUGGAAAGGUCCGUCCCACUCCUGUCCUCUCCUCACGCCUGUGCUUAAUGCCCUCUUCCUGGGUUCUGCCGCUCGCGCUGGGAAAGGCUACCCUAGAAAAAAGUCCCUUUGGUCACCACAGGAAGGGACCCCAGCGCAGGGAGGACCAAGACCCUACUUUGGGUUGUCGUGGGGCCAAUGGCCAGAGUCCCCACCCUGUCCCAGCAUCUCCCUUCCUUCUCUGCUGUGUUCAUCUCUUCCAAGAUCUGUGUUUCCAAUAAACCAAUGUAGCCAACCCUGA